AUGGAGGCAUCGAGCGGCUCCAGUUUCGGGAUCGACACCAUCCUGGCGGGCGGGCGGGCCACGCCGUCGCCGCCGCCGUCCUGCUCGGACGCGGACACGGCGGCGGGGGGCACGGCGCCCUCGUCGCCGCUGUCGGUCACCGCGGAGGACUCGGACGCCGGCCUCCUCCUGCAUCAUCACCACCACCACCACCACCAGCAGCAGCAGCAGCAGCAGCAGCACCAGCAACGCAACCCGCACCGCCUCCUGCCGGCUCCCGGCCCCGGCCCGCCGCUGGCCGGGGCCGGCUGCAGCGCCCCCCGGAGCGCCACCUCGUCGUUCCUCAUCAAGGACAUCCUGGGCGACGGCAAGCCGCUGGCCGCCUGCGCGCCCUACAGCACCAGCGUGGCCGCGUCGCCCAAGCUCGGGGCCGAGAGCGCGUCGGCUCCGGACGGCUUCCGGCCCAAGCUGGAGCUCCAGGACGAGGGCCGGGGGGGCAAAAUGGAGCGGCGGGACGAGAUGCUGCUGCACGCCGGCGACGUGGUCAAGUGCAACGCGAGCAAAGAGGAAGGCGAGCGCGAGAUCUCCAGCAGCCGCGACAGCCCCCCGGCGCGCACCAAGAAGCCCCGCAAGGCGCGCACGGCCUUCACCGACCACCAACUCAACCAGCUGGAGCGCAGCUUCGAGCGCCAGAAGUACCUGAGCGUGCAGGACCGCAUGGACCUGGCCGCCGCGCUCAACCUCACCGACACGCAGGUCAAGACCUGGUACCAGAACCGACGGACCAAAUGGAAGCGGCAGACGGCGGUGGGCUUGGAGCUUCUGGCCGAGGCCGGCAACUACUCGGCCCUGCAGCGGAUGUUCCCGUCGCCCUAUUUCUACCACCCGAGCCUGUUGGGCUCCGUGGACGGCAGCACGGCGGCCGCGGCGGCGGCGGCGGCCAUGUACAGCAGCAUGUACCGGACUCCCUCCGCGCCGCCGCCCCACCCGCACUCGGCCGCAGCGGCGGCCGCGGCGGCGGCGGCCGCGGGCAUCCAGAGGCCGCUGGUGCCCCGCGUUCUCAUCCACGGCCUGGGACCCGGGGGCCAGCCGGCACUGAACCCCCUGUCGAGCCCCAUGGCCGGCACGCCGCAUGCGCGGUAG